AUGGCGCAUGAUAACAACGAGAAGCUUUUGGUGGUCACCGGAGUUUUCUCGAGACUCGUCGGUGUGAGGACAAAUCCAAGAUCGGGUUUAGGUGGUUUUGGUCAUCAGUUUCGCAGAUCUCUCCUUCUCCAGUCGGUUCGGUUGCUUGCUUCUUCGUGUUUGGAUUCGUCAGUUCGGAAAAAAAAAAGGCCAAGUAGUAAAAGCUUAUCUCAAAAUAGAAGAUAUGGAAGAUUCGUCUAUCCUCAAAAUAAGAACGUAUUGGAAGAGCUGGCCAAAGAUAAAAGCCAUUCCCACUUUCCCAGUUUCAUCCUCGAAGGCCUUCAAGUCCUCCAUGUUGGAAAAGGGAUCGUACGAUGUAAACUGACCGUUACGCAUCACGCUUUGAAUGAAGACGGGAAUUUUCACACUGCAGCGAUUGGUGUGCUAAUUGAGUUGAUGGGAGCCGCCGCAGUGUACUCAGUUGGAGGAUCCCAUGCCUCAGUUGAUCUCAACUAUUCGUUCUACUCCACGGCCAAAAUUCAUGAAGAAAUAAAGAUAGAAGCAAGAUUAGUAGGGAAGAUGGCAGAUCUAAAAUCAGCCAUAAUUGAGAUUCGAAGAGAAUGCGAUGAAGAACUCAUAGCCACAGGUAGACUACGGAUGAGGCUGUUGAUGACACCAUUUAACCUAAAUGUCAAACAAAAUGGUGUCGAUCAAGUUAGCAAGCUUUAAUUGCUCCAAUCAAAUCAAUUAUUUACCCAUGAACCAUGUCAUAUGCUAUGCAUGCAAGUGGUAUGUAAAAUAAUGUGUGUUUGGACAUUAAUUAGUCUUAUCAUAUGGUUUCCUGGCCUCAAAAACAAUUCAGUAUCGAUGUUUUGAUUAAUAUUUAUGUUAUGUCGUUAAUGAUGCUAGAUAUUUGUAUCGAUGUUUUGAUGGAUAUUUAUGUUUUUUU